ACACUUUUCUCUAUUUUUUUAAAGGUUUUUUUACCUAAAAAAAGCUUUUAAGACACUAUUUAUGUCAGUCAAACAGUGCCUUAACAGCUUUUUGGUUCAAUUAUUUUAAAAAAAAAAAAAAAAAACCAAAAUAAGUCAAAAAUCGGAAUUUUAACUUUUAUUUCAGCCAAAUAUACCUUUAGAAACAGUGUUCUGGGUUUGAAUUAAAAAAAAAAAAAAAAAAAAAAAAACAAAAAUGGACUACAAAAAGUGAGCUUUGCCCUUUUUGGCGGCCUGGUUGGCGAUCAAAAAUCUGUGGCCCACUUUUUCGACAGCCCAUUGGAGCAAGCUGUCUCUAAAAUUUGGGCCAAAUUCGCUAAAGCCAUCACCAAUGGAGCUGCGCUUAAAUGUAUAAAUAAAAAAGAAAUUUAACCAAAAGCUUUUUGAAUAUUGAAUUAAUUUAACGUACAUAGGAAGGUGAAUUCGAGUAUUUUCCCACAUUUGACUAGGAAUCGAUGCACAAGGCAGAAGUUGCAGACGGCUCGACAAAACGACCGACUAAUAGUGGAUAAUAUAUCAUCCGGGACAAUAAUCACAUCAUUAGUGGUCAAACAUUGUAACCAUCGAAGUAUCGAACUGUUGUCUGUAUCACCCACGUUCGUAAGAAUCUCCGGGUCUUAAAAACCACUUCAAAAUGGUCCAGACCAAUCUCAGCCUUUCUUUGAUUUUUCUUUCUUCCCUAUUGGGAAUUUAAGCGUUUGUUUUGGAAAUCAGAAACAACCAGCCCAAUCCACCGGAUUAAUGGCUCAACAAUCCCAUGUUCCAAAGUUUGGCAAUUGGGACAGCGGUAAUGUACCUUACACUGCCUACUUUGAGAAUGCGCGCAAAGAGAAAGCCAGUGGUGUGAAAAUGAUGAACCCUAAUGAUCCCGAGGAGAAUCCAGAGGCCUUCAUGUUUGGCGCAGGGGAAGCCGGAAGUGAAAAUGUUUCUAGUGCAGUUCAAGCUCCAACAAAUCCUAUCCAUGUUGAUUCAGAAAAAUUGAUGUUAGCAGAAAAACACCACAUUGAGGGACACCAGCAAAACAAUGACCAUCAGAGGAACACUUCUGUUCACGUAAACAGUGGAAGUCAUAAGUGUAUUGCUUCAGAAUCUGAAAUUGAUAACAAGAUUUUUGGUCAUUCACUGGUGCAGCCAAACCACAAUCGUAGGAGAUCUGAGCAAGAGAAGAGUAUAACUGAGGCUGCUGAUGUUUCUUACAGAUCAGUAGUGUUGCCCAAGUUUGGAGCAUGGGAUGACAUAGACCCUGCAUCAGGAGUUGGCUUUACUGUCAUUUUCAACAAAGUAAAAGAAGAGAAGCAAAUUGCAGCUACCAGGUUACCCCCAGUGCCCCCGCAACCCAGCAACCAUUCGAACAAUCAGAAAAAAUAUACUGGACUAAAGAUACGUUGCUGCCCGUUUUCAAGAAGGAAGUGACUGUUGCUUGGGGAUCUGUUUAGGCUUCUGUUGGGCCUGACUUGGAAGUUGAAAAUUCAUAUAUAGCGCAUUUUGUGCUUUCCAUUGUAUUGACACUAUUGUCCAAUUAAAAUAUUUAUUUUGUAUAAAUUAUAUACA